AACGCAAAUCCGGGCACGUCCUCAGGACUCGUCUCUCUCCGGGCGCCUAGCCCGGCAUUCAGCUCUCAAGGGCCACAAAUUUUAAGAGCAAUUCAGGGCUCAUUGUGUUGAGUUUUAUUUUCACAUCACUCACCUUGAAAUUGGGGGCUGAAACAUCUGGGUUGUUCUCAUUCUGAUUAAUAUUUAUGCGAGGUUGCAAUUUCUACAAGGCUUAGGUGUCGUAGUGAAGAGAUUAUAAGAAGCUGAGCCCUACUCAAAAUGCUUGAAGAAGCUAUUGCUAACAUCCGUGCUGCUAUUGAGGCAGGAAGAACAGAUAUCCUGCGAACUUUGAUUGAGGCCUGUGAACAAUGCGAGCAGGCCGACGCCGAGCACGUGACCAAGGACCGCGUGCUGUCCGGCCUGUGGACGCCGGAGGGCACGCUGCUGCACAUGGCCACGCGGCUGGGCCGGCCGGACGUGGUGCGCGCGCUGCUGUAUGCCGGCGCCGACCCGGGCGUGCAGAACGCCGACGGCGACACAGCCGUCCACCUCAGCGCCUCUGACACCAUGCGCAGCGUGUACACCGACGAGCUGUUCAAGGCCACCGCCCAGUCCAAUGAGGGCCGUGUGUGCCAGCUGCUGGCCGCCGGUCUGGGCAUUAACGCCUGGGACAGCCCUCUCAGUCGCAACACGCCGCUGCACUGGGCGGCCAAUUUCGCCGACCGCGACAUGAUCACCUGCCUGGCAGAUCGGGGCGCGCACGUGAACGCUGUGAACGCGGAGGGCGCCACGCCGCUGCACGACGCCGUGCGCCGCGGCCAGCUGGACGUCAUCGAGGAGCUGCUGCUGAGCGGCGGCAACCCGCUGGCGCGCGCCACCGAGGGGAAGUACGCGCAGCGUUCGCCCGCCGACCUGGCGGCCGACCAGCCGGCCGUGCUGGCGCUGCUGACCCGCUACCGGGUCACGGCCGGGACGUCGCGCGGCGAGGGCGACGGCGCGCCCGGCGGGUCCGAGCGCAAGGUGUGA